GAAUCCAAGAUAUGAGUGAGAUAGAAUAAAUGAAGUAUUUAGUGUUUGAGAGAGAUAAUAAAUACUUGGCAACGCAUUAUAAAUAAAUGUAAAAUCGUUGAUUAAAGCCAAUCACAAAUUUGAGGUUAAGUUGAUUUUUUAAAAGUUUAAUAAAUUAAAUUAAACGAUUUAAAUGGAUGAAAAGUGCAAAAUUUGUGAUUUUAUCUGCGAAAAUGAAAAUUCUUUUAAAAUAUCCUCGACAUAUACAAAAUAUUCUAAGUUAACGUUAAAAGAUUUUAUUGAAAUUGUGACCGAGAAUAAAUUUGAAUUGGGAGAAAGUUGUGUGUGUUCGAUUUGUUUUAAUUUAUUAAAUGAAUUGGAUAAAUUUAGGGAGAAUUAUCGAAUGGGAUGUGAAAGAAUUAAACAAUAUCUACAGAAAUCCUCAAAUAACCAAACAAAUAUCUCCAAAAACGAUCAAAUCUGUUCAACGGAAGAAACACAAGAAAUAGAAGCUGUUAAAAAUGAACCACAUAAACCAGAGUUGCCUUUAAAACACAUAGAAAUAAUCUCAAAUAUUUCAUUACCACUUCCAGUUAAUAAUAAAGAGUUAAAAGAAUUUAUUUGUGAAAUAUGUGGUGUUUCAUAUAAAAGGGAAAAAUCUUUAAAAGUUCAUGUAGGCAUGCAUAAUGGAAUAAACCCAUUUACAUGUAAAUUUUGCAAUAAAUCAUUUACACAAAAGAUUAAUUUAAUACGACAUAUACCACUACAUACCGGAGAGGCUCCAUUUCAAUGUGACUUGUGUGGAAAAACUUUUGUUCAUGAUUCUUCGUUUAGACAACACAAAAUACGACAUAAAGGUCUUAAAAAUAUUACAUGUGAAGUGUGCGAUUUGAAGUUUUACUCAACAAGCCAUUUAAAAAGGCACAAAAAGGUUCAUAGUGGUGAAAAAACAUUUUUUUGCCAGAUUUGUAAUAAAAGUUUUGCAGAAAAAUACAAUUUGAUUGUCCAUCAAAAGAUUCAUAAUAAUUCUAAGGACCAUAAAAAGUUAUCAAUUCCUGAUGAAAGUAUAGUAACAAAAACUUUGGGAGAAGGACAAGAAAAAGUUCAAGAAAUUAAUGGGUUUUUUGAUGCCUAAAAAUAAUAAAUACUUAAUUAUUUAUUAAUACUUUAAUAUUUCUAUAAAUAUAACUUGGAUACAAA